GGGAACUAUUCAAUUCCAAGUCAACCAAAAGCUUAAGCUCUUGAAAGUUGAGUUCAAAAAAGUCAACAAGGAAAAAGUUGGUGAUGUUAUGAUCAAGGCUUUGGAGGCAAAGGAGCAACUUUCUGCUUGCCAAAGGCGGCUUGUUAUCAAUUCCUUGACCAAUCACUCAGGAUUCUUGAAAAAGAAUUGGUGGGUAAAUGCUUUAAGGCCUUCAAGGAAAAGGUCUCAUGAGCCUUAUAGAACUUCUGCUAUAUGGAACAGUUUGCAAAUCACCAUUACAAGGGAGCAAUCUCAGAUUCUUAGCAAUGAGGUUAUUGGGGAUGAAAUUAAAGCA